AUGGACAAGUUCGCAACACUUGAGCCCGUUCGUCUGUACAAAACACCCUCCUCUCCCAAUCCACAAGGUCCCAAACGAUUCUCGAUCCAUAAGCCUAGCUCGCAGCACGUUCCAUCUCACGCUAGGACCAAGAGUUAUGCUCCCUUCCAGCUCAUCGGCCGGCUCCCUGUGGACCUCCAUAUCCUCAUACUCACUUUCCUGUCCGUGCCCGACCUCCCCGCUUAUGCUCUAUGCUGUCGUGCUCUCGGAACUCUUGCAAAAGACGAGCGCGUCUGGGAAGCCCGAUGGAAAGCAUUCGGAGUCGAGAGGUACAAGCUGGACGACGUCCUGGAUGCUCUAGAAGAAAAGGUCAAGGUACAAAACGGACUCGCGAAGAACAAUGUGCCCCCCACACUCGCAACUGAAACUCUUGACGACGAGUUCGGCGACUUCACUUCCACCAAUGCACAAUCUGGAGAGAUGGGUGAUUUCGUCGGCGCGUUCAGCUUGUCCACUCCCCGCACGUCUGCCUUCGUCCUGCCGUCGUCGAAAACGUGUCGUACGCUCUAUAUACGUGCUCAUACGCUCCUCAAGCCGCUUGUCCCCGCCUUGUCGUCUCCCCCGCACGCAGUCCUGUCUAACCUCUUCCCGUCGCCUGCCCCAUCUCUCCGGCGUCAGGCGCACACCCUUCGGCUCUUGACCCUCUUCCUGUCGUCUGUUGUAAAACCACUCCGGAACUGGCAGACGCUAGCGUCGGCCCUCCGCGCCGCCGUAGAUCGUUUCGAAGACGGUUUGCUCACCGCGUUCGACGUUGCAGAUGGAAAGGGAGACGAAGCGGGCAUGCACGAGGCUGCAGAGGCGAGCUGGGAGGUCUGGGACGGUUCCGGAGGGGAAUGGGAGUUGGGCAAGGUAUGGGCUGAGAAGCGGGAAAUCUUCUACGAACAGGGCAAGUGGAAGCCCCUCGACAACUUCACACAGAACUCUGAGCUCGAGUUUACUCCCAUGGACGACUUCAUGGCGGAUAUCCUAGCCGCACUGGAGGAACACGGCUCUCGUGCGAUACGGGUAUUCCCAUCGGAAGCGAACGUGUUGAUAUCCUUUGCUGAUCGCUUGGCAAGCGAGGUUGUUGGGGAAUACAUCACGACGUUGCUCACCCGAGCCCGCGAGGUCUCCAAUGAAAUCUUCCUGAAGGCUGCGGCUGCUACCUUCAAGGAGUCUUGGCGCAUGGUCGAUACCAUCAUGCAAGUUGCUGCCGCUAAGGAGCAUUCACAAUUUCCUAAAACAACAGCGGAAGAUGUCGUGUAUAGGAUGUUCGAGCCAAAUAUGGACGAAUACCUCGACGAAGAAGUGGAGUAUGUGAAGCAGAGCUUUGAGAUGACAUGUCGAUCUUGGGAACAAAAGCUCUCAGAGCGCAAGGGUACUGCAGGGGUCCCUGCUAACGCCGAUAAUGCACGUUUUCUCAGCUCACACAAUCCUGCGCAAGUCAAACGCACAGUGCUCGCCUCAUUUACCGAUGUUCUCCUGCUACCUGUGACAAUCGUCCCCAAAGCGGUCGGUGCCGCGAUCACCACCGGCAGUACGGCUGCGGUGCAGGGAAUCCAGAUGCUCAAUCCGCAACGCUGGGGUGCGCAAGCCCCCGCUGGACCAGGAUCAUCCCCUUUUGCUCGAAUGACGUCUUGGAACGCGAACGCAAAGGAUGGCUAUGUGCGCGAUUUUGAGAAGGGCGGAGAUGGUAUGUUGUUUGAUAUUGGCGCAGACGAGGACGAAGAGCCCGCCGCUGCAGGCGACUCCAGCACCAGUGAGAAGACCCCUCGAUCCUCUUUAACAGCCUCGCCCACGGUGGAAUCGAGUAGUACGGCGCCUUCAUCUCUACAGUCAACUCGAAUGUCGACGCCGAACCCAGGCGCACCUCCGCCCACGUUGGACAACCUAGAUCUCCUUCUUUCCUUGGACACGGCUUUGGAACUGAUUCAUGCAGACCGGGAGUCGCUCAAGCGAGCGGAGACGUUCUCCGGAUACCCCGGAUCCUAUGGGCAUCGCGUUCGAGACACCAUCGAAGAGAUAUUCGUUCUCCUCCUACAGGCGUUAGGAGAGCGUCAUAUCAAACCAGGUUUCGGGAUCGCAAUCGAGCAAAUGAAGUCAUAUAAACCUGCUGAGCAUGAUGAGACCAAGAGCGUCGCGCCGCUACUGCAAUUCUUUGAGCUCGUCCACAUAGGUGAUACAAUGCAGUCAAUGAUUCAAGUCUAUUUCGACAAAGAGCUAGCCCCACAUAUUGAUAAGACGGAUUUCUUGAAUGCCGUUGUGCGGGAGAAGAAACAUUUCGAAGACGUCUUGGAUGACAGCGUCGCUGCUGGUCUGAAUGCCGCGACAGACGCGCUCAUGACCCAAGUAGAGCACAUCAUUCAGAAACUCACAAAGCCGCGCGAGUACUACCCGGCGGAAGAUGGACCGCUGGACCUGGGUCCUACCGAGGGGUGUCGGGAGGCGAUCAAGUGCUUGCAAAUGCACUGCCAGCUGCUCAAGGGCAGCACGAACAAGGAGGUGCUCGAGGUAUUCUACCAAGAGGUUGGGAUACGUUUGAUUGCGAUUCUACAGAAGCAUAUCAAACGCCAAAUCAUAUCCUUGAACGGCGGAUUCCAGGUGAUCGCGGACUUGAACGCAUACCACGCGUUUAUCACUUCGCUGCGGGUGCCCAGCAUCGCCUCCGAAUUUGCGUACCUGAAGAUGCUGGGGCACGUAUAUGUGGUGGAAGACGCCAAGGACCUUGCGCAAAUCGUGAGGGAUGUGACGCGAUACGGGGGCGCAUAUCGGCCGGAGGACAUAUACGAGUUUAUUCAGCGGCGGUCGGACUGGAAGAAGAUUGAGAAGACGGUGGACAAGACGAUGUACAACCUGUCCUUCAAGGAGGACUGCGUCGUCUGCUGACCGGCCCGGACUCCGGCGCGCUCCUUUCUGACGUCAGCUAGACGCCUGCACCGGCGCAGCGAGCGCACGUGUCUUGCCCAAACCGGCUUUAUCUCCUCAACCGCAUCGCUCCUUCACCGCAUCGCCGCCGUCCGUCGUCUGCAGCUGCUCUCCACCCGCCGUCAUGUCCGUCCCCGAGUUCUCUCUCCGUCUCCAAGAAGGUAACAGUCGUCGCCUCGAGUGUCGGAUCUGACAAUCAUAACUGAGGCCCACCAGGCAUCCAGGGCGGCUUCGCGCCCCCCACGCCCAACGCCAUCAUCACCGUCACCGCGAUCCCCACCCAGAACUUGCUCAACAUCACCAGUGCAGUCCGUCCCAAGGGCACCCCAUCUCUCCAAGACGCCGUCCCCAAAUCCAUCUCCGCUGCCAAUGAUCACACCGUCGCCCUUGUCACCGAGCUACGCGAAAUACUACAGUCCAUCCCCACCGAGUACCCUCCUGGCGUAGAGGACAUCUACGGCUUGAACACCAGCAUCGCCUUCGGCACCGAUGGCUUCGAGUGGGCAAACGGUGGUCCGCAAGGCUGUGGCCAUGGCGAGAGUCAGGUCAAGCCGACCGAGGAACAGAAGGCCAAGUUCAAGCGGGCGGUUGAGAUCGUCAAGGAGCUGCAGGCCAAGGAAGCAUAGUUCGAGGACGGGCGAGAGGAUUGUAUAACGAACUCAUGAUACCGUCAAUCGGUGUACCAGCUUAAGUCGCCAACUACCCACUUCUGCGGCAGGAACAAUGCGCUGCCACCAAACUGUCCCAAAGACUUUUCCGACAGGAGUAUCAUCUCUUCCGCCUCACAAGUCUUUUGCAUCCUCGCCGAGCUGUUUCGCCGCGCCAAGCGUCUCGCCAACGACAGCACCCCCUUCCCGCACCAAGCUCUCUCUCGCCCCCUCCAGCACUUUCUCCCUCCCAGAGAGAAGCUCCUUGUGUUGCGAGAUCGACCGCUGUAGACAAGUGUGUAGAGCGAGCUUCGUGCUGACAGCCAAAGUUGUUAGGUGACGUCAAUCGAUUCAAGCGAGAGACCCACUUUAUAUGCUCCUUGACCUGAUUAACGCGCUCAUCGUCAGAAGACCAGCAGUAGAUCAGGUUGACCACAUACGAAGUCGAGCAUUCCUGAAAACCUCUCAGCCAUUUCUGGGUGACGGCUAUCGUGCAGAUCAGUGGAUGAGGCAGGUACAGACGAUCACGUACCAUCAGCACCCUUCGUCCACUCAUCGAUCGAACACUCGGACCACUUCUUCCGUGCCUGCUCGUAGGCGUCCGCGUGUGCUUCUAUACAGAUGUCGAGAUCUUGACCAAGAAGCCGGUACAAAGCCUGCUUUGAAUGCCCAUCCCUCUGCGCGCCGAACGAGUCCUGGAGCGGUACUACGUCCGGCGCCCGGGUGGCCGGGCGAUCGAGCCCCGGGCCAUGAUGAGCCUCAGGAGUCGUUCGACCACUGUAGAUGGAUGUAUACUCGUCCUGUGCCAUUCUAGUCACAAGAUAAAUGUGACGAACAGAUCGCGCACCUCGUCGAUUGCCGACUUGUACCUCUUCGCAGCGGUCCCAUACUCGUGCUCUUCUCCGGUCUCCAUCGCGGGUUCGGUGCGCUUCAUAGGUCUACGCAGGGAUGGACUACGGCGGUCGAUGUUGUGGUGUGGGUCAAACCCACGUUCGUCGAAGCUACCGAGAUCCGGAGUGGGAGGAGGACCCAUAGAUUGCGCGUGGCGGGAAGGCACGCCGUCGCCGUCCUCGUCGACCUCAUGUAUGCUAGCUA